AUGUCUGAGUCCAACAAGAAGUUCUCCAUCCAGCCCAUCGAUGAGCAGGAGCAAGAUAAGGGCACCUUCCAGAAGCUCAGCGAGGAGACCAAGAAGGUCCUGGAAGCUCACUCCGCCAACCCUGGACCUGUCAUCAGUGAUAACUUCAAUGCUCAGGAGGAGGGGACCAAGGAGGAGCGUCAUGAGAAGGCAAAGGACCUCAACAACUGA